AUGUCCGUGGCGAAACGACUCUCGACGUUCCGCACAGCUGUGCUUCAUCAAGCAGCACCUCCACCAGCUAUAGGAGGUAUCGUCAAACCUCCUAAACCGAACGGCUACCGGGACAGCGCGGCCGAUAUCGCCUAUUGCUUGCGAGCCGCUGGCGAGACUGUCGUCACUCCAAACUCUCCCGCUGAUCCUCACAACGACCCCGAUUGGUCCUAUCCCGACACGGAAAAGGGUAUCCUAGCUGCCGUUCAAACAGGAGCCAACGUCCUCUGGUGUAAUACCACCUUGUGGUCAGAUCAUCCCAUCGUUCGUCUCGGAACCGAGCUCGCCCGGCUCGGAGUCAGGUUCGUCGCUCAGGAUCCAUUGGAUACGGAAAAGUACGACGACAAGGCCUGGACAAACAACUGGCUGAACCAAGGAGAGCUGGAAGGCAAGUUCCCCAAGAGCUGGUUGAUCGAAAAGGGCGACACCGAGGGCCAGCUGCGAGAGGUCACCUUGCCCGCCGUCUUGAAACCGAUCCGCGGUAGAGGCAGCCACGGUGUGGAGUUGGUGACGGAUGCGGAUGGUUUGGGAAGGGUGUUCCAGAAACUCUGGGAAGAGAGCGAGGCGGUGCUUGUCGAGGAAUACCUCGCUGGCGAAGAGAUCACGAUCGCUGUCAUGCCACCAGGCGAAUACGAGGACGUUGGCACCAAGACGAAACACUGGGCACUGCCUGUCGUUCAGCGAUUCGAUCAUGUCGAUGGCAUUGCACCUUAUAACGGCAUCGUACCGGUCACUGCCAACUCCCGCGUCCUUACCCCACUCGAACACGAGCAAGACCAUCACUACACCGACGUCCAACGAUGGGUCGAGAUCGUCGGUGACAGGCUAGGAUCAUACGCCCCGAUCAGGAUCGAUUGUCGCCGAAGGUCGUCUAAGCAGGAUGGUGGCGGAGGUCCCUUCUACCUGUUCGACGUGAACCUCAAACCGAACGCGACCGGUCCGGGAAGGCCGGGUAGGGACGAUCAAGCUUCGCUCGUCUUGAUGGCAGCACAGGCCAUCGGAUGGGACUUUACCAAACUGGCGAGGAACAUGCUGGCUCAAGCUCAACUGGUCAAAGGCGGCAACGAUACCGAAAAGUCUUCUGCUGGAGCAUGA